GAUCAAGUUGUCAGCGAAGCGCAAGAUCGAAGCACCGAAGCCAAGGAAACGAACCAACCCCCCAAGUCAAGCCAAGGAUGAAGGCGAUUUCGGCGGUGUGCCUGUGCCUGGCCGCGCUUGUUGCGGCUGUGGCUGCGGACUGCAGCGACUCUGUCAUUGAGACGUCCGAGGAGUGCCUUGCGACGUGCCAGGCCCAGUUUGGCGUCUCCGAGUACGAGUUCUCCAGCAUCAACGGUGACACGUUCUGCACCUGCGUGACGGCCGGCGGCGACGAAGCCGUGUGCACGACAACCACGACGACGACCACGACGACGACAACCACGACCACCACGACCACCACAACCACAACCACGGUGUACACGCCGCCAACGGCAGACGAGUUCCGCACCCGCCUGGCGGAGCUCCUGGGCGCGGGCUGCGUCAACGCUGUCAACAGCAGCAUGAGCACGGAGUUUGCCACGUGCGCUGCCACCUACAACGCGGCCCUGCCCACGUACGAGGACAUGACCACGCAGGACUACCUCAAGGAAGUGUGCCAGAGCACUUGCGUUGCCACCAUCUUCGACUCGAUCAACAUCCUCACGCAGGCCAACUGCAUGCUGAGCGAUGAGGACGCGCAGCAGUUUGUGGGGCAGGACGACAUCCUGGACCAGAUUAUCGCCUUUGCCUCCCUGCAGGACCGGCUCAGCGUGAUGUGCGCGCGCAGCUCCGUCAACAACAAGUACUGCGGCCUUGCCCUUGACAACCUCAAGUUCUUCCGUCUCAACAACACCGACUACGGCGAGAGCCACUGCCAGACCCUGGUCAAGCACGGCAACUGCCUUGGCACUAUCCUCAUGGCCGGCGAGGAGAAUCCGCUGUUGCUUGAGCCAUUUGUGCCCAGCAACGAGGACAUCUCUGGCGUUGUGUGCAGCGUUGCGGCUCACUGCCGCGCCGUGGGCGUCAACACCGUGCUCAUGUCUGCCGCCACCACCGAGGACCUGGCCACCCUCUCUGCCAGCGGCACCACCUCCUCUGCCACCACCACCACCGCCAGCGCGGCCGUUGCCCUGCUUGCCGUCGCCGCCGCCGCGCUCCUUGCAUAAGGGGGGGACGUAUCAUCAAUCCUUUUGUCCCACAUGCCACUUCAUUCUCCCCUGUCAUCACAACACUUUAUUCUCCCCUGUCAUCACAACACUUUAUUCUCCACCCCACUUCCCUCCUUUCCUCUCUUCUCAUGGUUGCCUCGCCUCGACUCUCCACCAGCAGCCGCGCUUGUCACUGCAACGAUGCUUGUACCCUUGGGUGCUGUUUUGCUAGCCCGCUCCUGUAUUUACACAAGCGCAAUCGGUGACACAGGCCACGUGCUGUUUGGGGCGGUCCCUUGUCACUGCUGUGUGUGGUUGUUCAUGGUUGAUGGUCGCCAUGUCGCCAUCAUUGUUGUUGUAUGACCUCUCCUUCUCCUUCCUGCCUCGCCACCCACCGCAGAAGCUUCCAUGAAGCCACUUCCCCCCUGAGUGCCUGGUUACGCGUGUCUUGUCUUGUCUGGUCUUGUUGCGUGCGUUUGCGUUGUAUGCGUGUGUGUGUUUGUGCGUGACUGUCACGGUUUCCCUCUCUGUGUGUGUGUGUGUGUGUGUGUGAUUGGUUGCUUCUUAUUCGACAGCAUGUUGAUUCAUUCUCCUUUUCCUUUGUGAGCGUGUCUUGUUUCGGGCGUGUCCAUGAUGCUGCAAGCGUCUUGUCAGCACCACCAGCAAACCAGAAAUCAAAUCAGCGAGA